AUGGAUGGUCUGCGUGCGGCCAUGUACCCGCUCCCGGAGGAGGCGCUCCCGGUGGUCGCUGUGGCCUUUCGCGAGGCCAGCGCCAACCCCUUUCCUGCGCGCUUGCGUCAGCUGCUGCUGGCCGCUUGCCUGCCGGGACCUGCCUCUCUAUCGGACCUCGACGCAGUUCGCAUUUGCGAGAAGCUCCUCUAUACCUGCAGAGCGCAGCAGCGUGCUGUUGGACAGCUGCUGACGUUUGAUGCCGGCCUCGUCGAUGCCCACUACCAGGUCGCAGUCUGUGUGCGGCGCGGUCGUCAAGUUCUUGGCUGCAUGGACGUUGCCUCCGACCUCAGCCUACUCUUGCGUUGCGACCCCUCUACCGUCGAAAUCCUUCCAAUCCUGGCUCCGCGGCACAAUGACGAUGGGCGUACUCUCUUGUUUGUGGAGACGUGUGUGCUACGCUACAUGUCUUUGGCUGUGGUUCACUGGCGCGCAUCCUUCGAUGGCUUCGGGCGUAUAUGGUCGGCUCUGCACGGGCAACCCCUGUCCUCCGUGGUUCGAAAGCACCUUUUCCACGCCUGGCUCUUUUGGCAAGCGCAGGUCUGUCUACACUCCUGCGGACUGGGUCUGGACGCUUCAGAGGUGCCACUGCGGUUGCUGCCUUCGAAGAGAAGCAAGGACUCGGCCGACGCUCCGUGUGACGAUUUCUUCGUCACUCUUCCUCGUCUGCGUGACCUACUGCAUCGUGGUUUUCUAGAGCGAUUUGCUCGUCAACAUCACUGUCGCAUUUGCGAUGCGACUGGCUGCGUGGGCGUGGACGCCAAGGUCAGCAGCAGUGUGCGUGUCUGUGCUGAGAUGUCCGGGGCCGUUCGCGAUUAUGCGGAGGUUGGCGUCUCUGCGCGCUUUGGCUGCUGUCUCCCGCCUGCGCCCGGAAGCUGCUAUUGUCGCUGGCACGCAGAGCCGCAGCGUGCGCCUGCACGGCCGGACUGCUCACGUGUCCUGCAGAUCCCAGGUGAGGUUUGGCAGGUGACGUGCGAUGUCUGCAGCCGCACCUUGCCACCUUCUGCCGUGCUCUAUACACGUGCGCUACUUGCAACUUCGAUGCGUGCAAGUUGUGCACGCAGCCAGUAUUCUCGGCCACGUCGGCCGUGCCGCCCCGCCCAUGUCACAUGUCUGCAGCCUCUGGCCACCUUUCCCGAGGUCACCUACGAGGAGGAGGUCGCAGAUGAUUGCUGCCGCCUCGCCAAGCCGCAGUUAUCUUCGGGUGCACGACGAACUGGAGGUGCUCUGGCCCUCUUGUUGCCAUGCGGGACGGUGUGCAACAUAUCCGCCUGUGCUGGUCGAGAAUCUGCUACGCAGGUUUUCGGGCUCCUUGGUCAAGUUCGUGCUCGCCGAGCUCUUCGUUUUGUUGUCUACGACACGUCCUGCAUGCUGGCUCGCUUCAUUCGUCGUCGUGCUCGCCGUCCUUCGACAUCCGUUACAGAACAGCUAGCCGAUUGCCGGUACGUGCUUGAUCGCUUUCAUCGCGGCAAUCACACGGCCUGUGUGAAUCCUGCGCAUCGUCUCUAUCUCCCAGAAGUGCGCAUCGAGCAGUACGCGGAGCUUGCCGACGUGACCACCUCUAACAAUGAGCAAUUCAACAACUGGCUGUCGAAUUUCCAAGGCACGCUGCGACACAUGCGAUUCGAGACCAUGGAGAUUUAUCUGCUGCUCAUCGGGUUCCUUUGGAACACGCACGUCGUGCCACACCGCGAUCAGUCUGUCCCGUCCUCCUCUGCACGGUCGCCGAGUGUGUCACAGCCGUCCUCGCUCCUGAAACGCAAGCCGGCCGGGACGCUGCUGACCUGA